AUGCGCGCACCGAUGAAUGCCGAAGCUGCGUCGGGCGAGCAGUCGCCGAGAGAGUGGCGCCGGCGGCGGCGGGAGCAGGACCGCGAACUGGCCUCCGAUGUGGAAGCUGAAGUGCACGCGGCAGACCUCCCAGGCUGGCGAGUCCCUCCGACACCCUCGAGCAGCGAGCAGGAGAGGCUCGAGCUCAUUGACGCUGAGGUUGCCCGAGCGGCUCUUGCGCGCAGGGUUCUCAUGGAGACCGGCGCGCCCUCUGCGCUGGCUCCGGCCUUUGCUGCGCUCCAGAGCGCGGCAGCAGAGCCACCGCAGCUUCUCGCGUCGCCGCUGCACUGGCUCGGACUGGAGCAGCCGGGAGCGCAGAGCGGGUUCGCGCUCCCGGGGCUGCCGCUCGGGCCCCCGCCUGGCUGCUCCGGCGACGGCGAGGAGCCUGGCCAGCACCAGUGGCUCCAGCCCUGGGAGAGAGCGGAUGCCGAGGCCGGAGCUGACCUCGUCUCUCUGGCCGCAGCCUUGGCUGAUGAUGCCGCAGCGCGCAGACCUGUCCUCUGGGCCUCAGCCACACCCGAUGCCCCCCCGGCGCACCCCGUUUGCGCACCGCCCGCGUAUCGAGAUAUGCGCCUGGGCCAGCCCGAGGAGCAGUUUCAGCCAGGCUGGGAUGGUGCGAGCUGGCGGGGUGCUGAGGAUUCGAGCUGGCAGGCCUUUGAGCCAGAGCCCGACCUCAGCACGCUCGCCGGGCGCGUUGCGGCCUCGGUCUCGCACGCGGGCCGGGGCCGACAUGAAGGGCACCUGCCUGAGCCCGCACGACCCGCAAGCCAGCUGCUGGGCUCCGGAAGCUGGGCGAACGCCGACGCCGAAACCUUCCGGCCCGAAGACGGCUCGGCACGCGCGGGCCCUGACGAGGGCGCUGAGCUUGCACCAGAGCAGCCUGGCGCCGCAGGUGAAGAGGGGAGCAAGGGCAAGAGCAAAGGCAAGGGGAAAGGAAAGGAGAAAGGGCGAGGUAAGGGUAGGGCUCGAGAGAACCGGAACCUCAUCGCCCAGAUCGGCGAUUCCCCUGCCCAGCCGGGCCCCGUCCGCCAUCACGCUCUGCUCGCGGUCGACACGCUCAUCUCCGAGCUGUGGGAGAUUCGAAGACCUGCCGAGCGCGUGCCACGAGCUCAGGUCGACGUUGUCGACCAGUGGGCUGAUGUGCGCGGCGCCGGAAAAGGCGAGGCUGGGGCUCGGGGGAAGCACUCCGGCUCCCGCCCUGGCUGGCUCUGUACGAUCACGUUCCAGUCUCUCGUUGCCUCCGACACGCAGCAAGAGCACAAAGUGGUCAGCGCAGCGCCGUGGCGAGCCACAGAAGCCAAGGAGGCUGCGAGCCGUCUCGAAUGCGAGAUCCUGGAGCGCGAUCUUGCGGAGGCUCAGCGGGCGCGCCAGAUCGACAGCGAGCCGCAGCCCACCACCGACGAAGAGGUCCAGGAACGAGAGCCCAUCCUGGCCUGGUACCGCCGCGCGUUCGAUCAGCUUGUGAUCAGGCGUGACAUGCAGUGCGCUCCAGUUCCUGGGUCGCAGAACCGCUCGCAGCGCCUGGGCUGGAUGAGCGGCAUCAAGGAGCUUUACGCGUCCGUCGGCCAGUGCCCGGGCGCAAUCCUGCAGUGGCUGCUCGUCCAUGAGUGCCCGCCCUUUCUGGAAGCGGAUCGGGGCGGGUUCGGCGGCACGCUCGGCCAGCUCGUGGUCGGCAUAAGCGAGGAUGCGCACUCCGCCUGGCGGCGAGGCACCCCGGGCGCUCGUCACGCAGUCAUGGAUGGCUGGGUGCAGAAAUGCGUUUCCGCGGUGAUGCGCCGGCACGACGCAGCGCGCGCGCGAGCUGAGGAGGAGCGCAAGGCCAUCGAAAGGCAGUCAGAGGAGAUCUCCUCGCUGCCAGUCGUGUUCGAUGGCCUGCCGGAGAAGAGCUUCGAUGCGGUGCCGGAAUGGUUCCUCGAUGCGCCUGCCCUGUUCCGGGCGACCGACCCGGUGAGCUGUGAGGGUCGCACCGAGGCGCAGCUCCGGGCUGCCUGCUUGGGCGAGGACGCCGCUCCGCCUGGCUCCGCACCCGAGUCAGGCGAGGAGGUCUACAUUUGCGUAGCAGAGAACUCUAACGAGCAGGCCGACAGCCCGGCCGGCGACCCGCCGGUGGCUUGCUUUGUGUGCCAGCGCGCGCUGCAUCGGAGCCGCCUGGCUGCGGCCGAAUUCGUGGUCGGUGUACGGAUCGCGCGGCGCCAGCUCGCGGGCCUGCUGUUGCCGGCAAUCGUGGGCGUUUACGCCGAACUUGCGGACGCGAUCGCAGACAGCCUGCGGCGCCUUUCGACGCACAGCUGUGCCUCGGCUAGCGGCAUCUGGCGGCCGGAUAGCGGGUCACUGCGAGCUGUGGGCGAAGGAGACGGGAGGGUCAACCUCGCCGAUCUCUCGUCCUUCGGGUCCAGACAGGGCACGCUGGGCUGCUGGCAGGCGACCCGCGGGUGCGUCACGCCAUUGCACGAGCAGGCCAGGAACCCGUUCAAAGGCUGUACGCCCGAGCGGGUCUCGGCCAGGGCCCUGGACCUGCUCCGCGGCCGACAGCGCGCCGGCAUCCUGGCGCUCCUGCGGCGGUACCGCCUGCCCACGCUCGGUAGCCUUGCGCUCUCACGGUGGGCAGCCGGAGCGCAGGUGCUGCUCCACUGGUUGGAGCAGUUCCCAGGUGUCACGGCGCAUGACGAUCUGACGCCGAGCACUUUGCGGGAGUGGCUCUUCUGCGAGGAGCCAAACGCAGAAGAGCUUCCGGAGGAUUGGUGGGGCCCGCUCCGGCAGAACCUCCACCGCAUUUGGGCUGUCAAGGACUAG